AUGCUUCCCCAAUCUGGCAUCACUCCCAGAAGGGCUUCGAUGCCUCAUCUCCUUACAGGAUCUGAAAAUUUUGAUUGCUCGAAAUUGGCUUCACUACCAGAAGGGAUGGGCAACCUCAAAUCACUAAAGUUGCUUUGGAUAUCGGAUUGCCCUAAUUUGGCAUCACUCCCAGAAGGGCUUCGUUGCCUCGCCUCAUUAAAAAGUUUGAACAUUUGGAAAUGUCCCAUGUUAGCACAAAGAUGCCAUAAAGGAACAGGUGAAGACUGGUCCAAGAUUGCUCACAUCCCAGACAUUCGCAUUAAUCCAGAAGCUGGGCUUCACAAUAUCAGGUCUUGCUUCGGGAUCAAUCCUCAAGAACCUGUCCUUUUUGAAGGAACUGUGGGAAGCAACAUUGAUCCAGUAGGAAUGUAUUCAGAUGAAGAAAUUUGGAAGAGCCUUGAACGCUGCCAACUUAAAGUUGAGGUAGCUGCAAAACCUGAUAAACUCAAUUCUUUAGGUAUGUGA